AAAAUGAAAACUUGGAGGGGAUAUGGUUAGCACCUUCUCUAAUCCGAAGCUAGAGGCUCUCAUACUCGCGUCCACUGCAAGCAGAAAGAGAUAAGACGAAACAAUGUCUGUGUCAGCGAUCUUUGGCACCGGAAUCGCCACCGUGGCAUCUUCCCCGGCUCUCCGCCAGUUUCAAGUUCCGAAGCUGGGAAACGGAGGAGUGGGAGGAGGAUUGGGGAUGGUGAUAGAGUGUUCGUCGAGGCCGCAGAAGAAAUCGACGGCUCAUCACAGGAAGACGAGGCCGAAGAAGACGCAGCCUUGGGACAUUAAGAGGAAGCCCACCGUUUACGCUCCUCUUCCUCCUCUCCCGCCGGAUUGGUCUCCUCUCGCUCUUUCUUCCGACGACGGUGGUGCCACCGCCGGAGAUUUGGUUUCAGGCGGUGCUGCCGCCUAGUUAUGAGUUGUCUACUGUUCGGGUGUUGGAACCUAGUUGAGAAGUUAUGUUGGUGUCAGUUUCUGUUAAUGUGUUUCAGUUUCAUGCUCUGUUUCUUCUUAUGGACUUUGUGUCUGUAUCUACUUUGAUACUUUGAAGCUUCAAGCUUUUUCCUCUGUU